CCACUCCACAAUUCCACAAGAUCAAGAACAGUGCUAAGACAAUUGUUUGUUUCAAAAAGGUUGAUCAACUUCUGAUAAAUGAAAACAUUCAAGAGAUUACUAUAUACAAACACUGCACAGUUUCAUCCUAUAUAAUAUCAAAUACUCAACAAAGCAUU